GGUUCAAGAAAAGGGAAUGAUUCUUGAUUGUUGGGUGCCACAAUUGGAGAUUUUAAAACACAAAUCAGUUGGUUGUUUUGUGAUUCACUGUGGUUAUGGGUCAAUGUGGGAGUCUUUGGCACUGUGUGAUUGUCAAUUGGUACUUUUGCCAAGGCCUAUUGAUCACAUUUUUAAUGCUAGGCUGAUGGAACAACAACUUAAGGUUGGUGUAGAAGUGGAGAAGGAUGAAAAUGAUUUGUUUACAAAGGAGAAUUUGUGCAAGGCUGUGAAAUGUGUGAUGGAUAAAGAUAGCCAAAUCGGUUGUUUAGUGAAAGAGAAUCAUAGGAAAUGGAAGGAACUUCUUUCGAGUCCUGGCUUCAUGAGUAACUACAUCGAUAACUUCAUUCAAGACUUGCAUGGACUUCUAGUUGAAAAGACCUAGAUGAAGUUACGAGAAGUGGAUCGACUGUUGAAGUUACGGGGUUGGCAGAAUCU